AUGAAAGUUUCCUCCCUCCUUCCUUCUGUCCUCCUCCUCGUUGGAGCAACUCGGGCAUCUCCGCACCCCGCACAACCUCCGCAACAACCAUUGAACAAUAUCAUUAAAUCAAACACGCCGACGAGCCUCCCAAACAAACAUGACCUAGAGCAUGUAAUCGACACAUCUCCACUACUAUCACUACAUCGUGACCUCGUCAAAUUCGAGUCCAUCUCCGGCAACGAGGCCGACGUAGGCGACUAUGUCAUUCAAUACCUCCAAGCCCGCGAUUUCAAAGUUGAGAAGCAAGUCGUCGUGAAGAAAGGAUCCAACGGCCAGGGAGAACGAUUCAAUAUUUUUGCAUACCCAAACUCGAGUCCGGCUCCCAAAGUGCUUUUGUCAAGUCACAUCGACACCGUACCUCCCUAUAUUCCCUACAGUCUCGAUCUUCCAUCCUCAAAUGGAUCAACCACCGACCCUCUCAACUGGCGCGACAACAUCGUAAUUGCCGGCCGCGGCUCCGUCGACGCAAAAGCGAGCGUCGCAUCUCAAAUCCUCGCUGUGCUCGAAUACCUACAACUCAACCCCGAAGCACCUUUGGGUUUAUUAUUCGUGGUUGGUGAGGAAGUCGAUGGUGUCGGUAUGCAGUACUUUUCGCAGUCAGAACUCAAUACUUCGCCGCCGACUUUUCAUACCGUCAUAUUCGGCGAACCUACCGAGCUAGCUCUCGUCUCCGGUCACAAGGGGUCGCUAUUCUUCAAGAUAAGCGCAAAAGGAAAAGCGGCGCAUUCGGGAUAUCCAUGGUUGGGGCACAGUGCCGUGUCAUCUUUGCUACCUGCAUUGAUCAAGCUUGAUACCCUCGCCGACAUCCCCGUAGAAGAUGGCGGAAUUCCGGGAAGCGAGAAAUUGGGUAAAUCGACUCUAAAUAUCGGCCGUAUCGAAGCCGGUAUUGCGUCUAAUGUCGUACCAGCAUCGGCAGAGGCAUCCGUCAACAUCCGCCUUGCAUACCACGACGUCGAAAAAGUCAAGGGUAUUGUCACAAAAGCCAUCGAUGAAGCUACCAAUGGCGACGAAAACAUCAGCGUCGAAUGGGGCAACAAUGGCAAAGGCCAUGCACCCAUCGAUUUCGAUACGGAUGUCGAUGGUUUCAAUGUCACGACUGUCAACUAUGCUACUGAUGCGUGGUACUUGCAGAUUCACAAGGGGUCAGGAGGUAGUCCUGAAGGACGUGUGCAUACGUACUUGUAUGGACCGGGAAGUAUAUUUGUGGCGCAUGGGGCUGAUGAGGCGAUUACGGUGAGGGAUUUGGAGGAUGCGGUGUCCGGGUAUAAGAGGUUGAUUGAUGCUGCUUUUGAGAGGAAUAAGCUUUAA